AUGUCUGCUUCUUACAGACCGUACGACGGAAAGCUCGGAAUCGUGACCGGUGGCUCCCGGGGCAUCGGCGAAGCAGUCACCAGGCGUCUGGCCGCCAAAGGCUGUAACCUGCUGCUCAUAUACACCUCGGACUCGUCCAGGGCGCUCACCGAAGGCAUCGCCGCCGAGCUGACAGCCGCCCACAGCAUCCGCGUGUCUCACGUCCAAGCCGACUUGAACGAGCCCGUCACAGCCACGCCCAAGAUUGUCGAUGCCGCCAAGGCAUUCUACAAAUCCUACCACCCAAACUCGCCCAAGGAGCUUCAGAUCGACAUUCUAAUCAACAAUGCCGGAGUCGGCUCGAACCAGCUCUUAAACGAUCCCGUCAAGGGCGCCAUUGACGUGACAGAGUAUACGCGCGUGUACAACGUCAACGUGCUGGCGCCGCUGCUCCUUACGCAGGCGGCCGCACCGUACCUGCCGACAGACCGCUCAGGCCGCAUUGUGAAUGUAUCCAGUGUGUCGUCGUCGAUUGGCUACGAGGGACAGUCGGUAUACGCAGGAACCAAGGCCGCGCUGGAGGCGAUGACGCGCUGCUGGAGCCGCGAGCUGUACGACAAGGCAACCGUCAACGCAGUAAACCCUGGUCCCGCAUGGGGUGACAUGUACGCGCAAGCUGGGGAGAAGUUUUGGAAGAUCAACCAGCCGUACGUCGACGCGGCGCCGCUGGCGGCGUACGAUGGCGAGCAGGACGUGCUCAAGGCUGCGGGCGACGAUGCCGAGCGCUUCGACAAGACCGUGCGGCAAGGGAUGGGCAGUCGUCGACCGGGCUUCACCAGCGAGAUUGCUGGCACUAUUGACAUGUUGUGCACCGAAGAGAGUGGCUGGACGACGGGUAGCGUGGUGUGCGCGAAUGGAGGAAUGAAGAUGUCUAUUGCGUAG